UAAAUAAAAAAUAAUAAAUUAAUAAUAGACUUUACAAACCAGACUGAUCUGGUUGAGCACGACACAUAAAUAGAUAAAUGAAUAAUAAAUAAAUAAAUUAAUAAUAAAUAAAUAAAUUAAUAAUAAUUAAAUAAUAAAUAAAUAAAUUAGUAAUAAAUAAAUAAAUUAAUAUGAAAAAUUAAUAAAACAAUAAAUAAAUUAAUAAUAAAUCAAUAUAUUGAUAAAUUAAUUUUUAAAAUGAAUAAAUUAAAAAAAAAUAAAAAAUUAAUAAAAAAUUAAUAAAUUAAUAAUAGGCAGUAUCGUCGUCUCACUGAGCAACCGCCUGUGGACAUGAAAGAGACCUACGGAUGGCUAAAGGCAGCGAAUCUUCCUGCUGCAACUGAGGGACUGGUUGUUGCUGCUCAAGACCAAGCUCUUCGGACUCGGUACUAUGAGCGCAAGAUUCUACAUCGUGAUGUCAGUCCUACUUGCCGCAUGUGCAGUGUAGGCCUGGAGACAGUCGACCACAUUGUGGCAGGCUGUAGUGCUUUGGCACCGACGGAUUACACUGAUCGACACAAUCAGGUGGCAUCCAUCAUUCACUGGGACGUUUGUCGCCAUUUUGGGGUUCCAGUGGAGAGCAGAUGGUACCGGCAUCAUCCUGAUAGGCUUGUGGAGAUGGAUGACAUUACUAUGAUGUGGGAUACCACCAUCCCCACUGCCAGGAAGAUCAAAGCCAAUCGUCCAGACAUCUGUCUCAGAAAUAGGAAGACAAACACUUGUCUUCUUAUUGAUAUCAGCUGUCCUGCUGAUGGCAACAUUGGCAAGAAACAUGCUGAGAAGUUGGCGAAGUACAGCGACUUGCGAGUGGAGAUAAGCCGCAUGUGGCAUUGUCGAACACUGGUGGUUCCGGUGGUCUUGGGAGCUUUGGGCACAGUGCACGCAGGUAUUGCACGGUGGCUGGACAUGAUUCCAGGUCAUCACAACCUGCAGCACUUACAGAAAACAGUGCUUCUGGGAUCUACUCGGAUCCUUCGUAAAGUCAUGUCUUCUUUCUAGACUGCCGUGAUGGUCUAAGUACUUCUGAAGCAGGGUUUGCUUCCGGUACUUUUAAUAGACUUUACAAACCAGACUGAUCUG